AUGAUAAACAAAUACAAAGCUAAUAAAGUUGCAUUGAAGGAUGCGAAAUCUUGCAUCGUUUGCCAUAGAUUGUCUCAGGUGUGUUUGUUCAAUGAAACAGGUCCAGACUGGUUCUACUCAUGCCCUGUCCAUUUAGAAAACAAUGCAAUGCUAGCCAGACCUAUCUAUAGCAAAGAGUACAACGAUGCUUUAAGUGAGAUGAAACAGUUAAAACAACAGAUCGGAGUUUUGGAAAGUAAAGGACGUGAGUCUUGGGAUGGUUGGGUCGCUAAUAUCUUCAGUAAGAAAAAAGUGGAUGCUAAUGUUACAAAUAGUGGCACUGAAGUAGACAAUGGCAAGGAAGGGUCAUCAGAGGAGAGUGCAGAGACUAGUCAAAAUGACUCUACACUGGACUUGAGUGCUCUGAAGAAGAAAUACGAUGGAAUGUUGGACCAAAUAGCACAAAUGCAGAAGAACAACAAGCUUUACGAAUUGAGUAACUUGAUGUUCCAAAAUAGAGUCGAGAUCAAAAGAAGGCAAGAUAACCUGCUGGCCCAAAAGAAGCAAGAAGAGAAGAAUUUCACGAACACACAACCGGAAGAGAUUCUUCAAAACUUCAGUUUCCCGUCGGUGCCCAAGGACAUCAAAUGA